AUGGAAUAUGGGAACCAAACUCUGGUGAAAGAGUUCGUCCUGCUUGGUCUCUCACAGAAACGGGAAGCCCAGCUGUUCCUUGUCUUUCUCUUCCUUCUAUUCUACUCUCUGAUUCUGCCCGUAAACAUCCUCAUCAUCGUGACCAUCUGGAAUGACCCCCGGUUGGGCUCCCCGAUGUACUUCUUCUUGGCCAACCUGGCUUUCCUGGACAUCUGCUACUGCUCCGUCACUUCUCCCAAGAUGCUGUCUGACUUCUACUAUAACCAAAAUACCAUCUCCUACAGUGGCUGCAUGGCCCAGCUCUUCUUCCUGCACUGGCUGGGAGGAUCUGAGGUCUUCCUUCUUCUUGGCAUGGCCAUUGACAGAUAUGUGGCCAUCUGCCACCCCUUGCAUUACACCAACAUUGUGAGCAGGCCAAUCUGUAGCCUCAUGGUCAUAGCAUUCUGGUGCUUGGGUUUUAUUCAUUCCAUCAUCCAGGUUGUCCUCAUUGUCUCUCUCCCUUUUUGUGGCCCCAACAAGCUGGACAAUUUUUUCUGUGACAUCACUCAGAUCAUCAAGUUGGCUUGCACAGACACCUAUGACUUAGAGUUCUUCAUGUUCAUCAACAGUGGCUUGUCUGGUCUCAUCAGUUUCACCCUCCUCAUCAUCUCCUACUUGAUCCUGCUGGUCAAGGUGAGAUCAGGUGGCACAGAAGGAAAGAGCAAAGCUGCCUCCACCUGUAUCACGCAUAUCAUCAUUGUCGUCAUUAUGUUUGGUCCAGCCAUCUUCUUGUACUGCCGCCCAUUCCAGGAAUCUCCUCUUGACAAGUUAGUGGCCAUUUUCCACAGCACUGUCUUCCCCUUGAUGAACCCCAUGAUCUACACCCUGAGGAACAAGGAGAUCAAGCAUGCAAUGAGAAGAAUGGGGAGAAAUGUUGAGGUGUGC